AUGUCUACAAUCUAUCUCUUUCUAUUCAUAUCUAUCUAUUUAUCUAUCUCAAUCAAUUUGUAUCUCUUUAUCUAUCUAUCUAUCUAUCUCAGUCUCGUCGUCUUUAUAUCACGCUUAGCCUGCUCAUUAUCUAUCUAUCUAUCUAUCUAUCUAUCUAUCUAUCUAUCUAUCUCAGUCGUUCAUAUCUAUCUAUCUAUCUAUCUAUCUAUCUAUCUAUCUAUCUAUCUAUCUCUUUCUGUUCAUAUAUAUCUAUCUCGCUCUGUUUAUAUGUUUCUGUUCAUAUCUAUCUCCUUCGGUUCAUAUCUAUCUAUCUAUCUAUCUAUCUAUCUAUCUAUCUAUCUAUCUAUCUUAUUCUGCUCAUUAUCUAUCUAUCUAUCUAUCUAUCUAUCUAUCUAUCUAUCUAUCUAUCUAUCUAUCUAUCUAUCAUAUUCUGCUCAUUAUCUAUCUAUCUAUCUAUCUAUCCUCUUUUUACUUCCCUUUAUCGACAAAUUCAAUCAUUCACUCUGUCGUUCUCCUCGGUCGAUCUCUCAAAUGUCUUGCUUUGGUCACGUAUCCUUAAACCUAUCUCUCGGCGUCAUCUUUCUUCCUACUCUUUGUACUCUGCCGCUCUCGCUUAUCCGUUCUCAGCGCGAGAUGGCGCUCAAAAUCCCGCGAUCCUUUCUUUUCUAUCCACUGCCGCAAUGUCGCGAACAUUAUGGCUCAUGUCUUUAA